GGUUGAUACUUGCCUGCCAGUGGAAGAGGAGUCACUGGAAAGUUUUCACUCUGUGUGUGAGAUGUGUGACAGAGCUGGUCCAGCCCUGCCCUCCAAUGGGGGGAGGCCUCUGUGGCCUCUCCCCGCCCAUGUGUGGAGCGAGGCAGAGACAGAGCAGGGAGUUUCAGCGAAGGCAGAAAAUACAUUGAUUUUUUCGUCUUCGUUUUUUCUUAAAAGACGGCCGAAAUGAUCACAUCAAAACUUCCCAUCGCUCUAUUUUUAAAAAGGAAAUGUCUAUCAUCAAGCCUGACCUCCUCGUUUUAACAUUGCUAUGGAUACGUUACGGUGAAAGAAGAAGUUAAAAACUUUCCCAUUCUCCGAUCCUCGGAGCGCAGCACAAUGGACUCCAAACAGAGGAAGCGCUCCGGAGGAGGGAGGCUGUGGAGGCUUUGCUUUUAUCUAGCGUGCCUCUCCUGUGCCUCGGCUCAGCUCAGCUAUUCCGUAUCGGAGGAACUAAGCCCGGGCUCUGUCGUUGGGAAUAUUGCUAAAGAUUUGAGUCUUACUGCUCAGGGGAUUGUUCAGAGGAGAUUGCGGGUGGUCUCGGAGUCCACAACACAGUAUUUUGAGGUGAAGCUGGCGACCGGCGAUUUGGUCAUCAAGCAAAAAAUUGACAGGGAACAAAUGUGCGAACUAAGUUCAGCGUGUUCACUACAUCUUCAAAUACUUCUGGAGGAACCUUUAGACAUUCAUCGCGUCGUGGUGGACAUUCUGGAUGUGAAUGACAACGCUCCGCAGUUUUCAACCAGCAACAUUUCUCUGGAGAUAUCAGAGGCGGCGGCUCCAGGCACAAAGUUCCGUUUGGAGAGCGCACACGACCCGGACGUGGGUACCAACUCGUUACGUACUUACCAUCUCGCAGCUAAUGACUUUUUUAUUUUGAAUGUGGAAACUAAAAGUGACGGCAGUAAGUUUCCAGAGCUACUAGUGGAUAAACCUUUGGACAGGGAGACGCAGGCCUCGUUUCGCCUUUUGCUCACUGCUAUAGAUGGGGGCCAACCGGUGAAAUCUGGCUCAACACUUAUGCUCAUUAAAAUUCUGGAUGUAAAUGACAAUGCUCCCAUCUUUGACGAGCCGGUAAAGAAAGUUAGGCUUUUAGAAAAUGUUGCACGGGGCACUUUAGUUACAAAAUUGAACGCGACUGACGCGGAUUCGGGUAACAACGGAGAAAUAUCUUUCCUUUUUAGUAAGUACACACCGGAACGCGUUUUCAACCUUUUCAGUGUGGAUUCUAAAAGCGGGGAGAUCCGUGUGAAGGGUGAUGUGGACUACGAGAAAGCCACUGCAUACCACAUCACAGUGCAGGCCAGAGAUGGUGGUUCCCCCGCUAUGGAGGGGUCUUGUAACGUCAUAGUGGACAUCAUUGAUGUGAAUGACAACGCACCAGAGGUAACACUGACUAAACUGACCAGUCCUAUCAGAGAGGACUCGGCACCAGAGACUGUGAUAGCGCUCAUAAGUGCACGGGACCUGGACUCUGCUGUAAAUGGGGAGGUUACAUUAACUGUCCAACCAGGUUUACCAUUUAAACUUAAUUCAGCUUUUGGCAUGCAUUACAGCCUCACCACUGCUGGAAACCUGGACCGUGAGACUGUCCCAGAGUACACAGUGGUCAUCAAGGCCACUGAUGCUGGCUCCCCUCCCCUUUCAUCACAAACCACCUUUGUGGUGAAGCUCUCUGAUGUAAAUGACAACGCUCCCACCUUCUCCCAGCCUUCAUACUCUGUGGACAUCCCAGAGAACAACGCUGCCAGUGCCCCCAUUGCUGCCGUUUCAGCCUCUGAUCCGGACCUUGGUGACAAUGCUCGCAUCUCCUACUCUAUAUUUCCCAGCAUGGUCCAGGGCUCACCUAUCUCUUCUUAUGUCUACAUUAACCCAGAGAGUGGCCAGAUCUACAGCAUGCGCUCUCUGGAUCAUGAACAACUUAAAGCUUUCCGCAUUGAGGUGCAGGCCCGGGAUGCUGGAGUGCCCCAAAGGACAGCCAACGUCACGGUGCAUGUAUUUGUGGUGGAUGUGAAUGACAAUGUGCCAGUGAUUGUUCACCCCUCCUACCUAAAAGACAAAGGAUUACAGUUAACUGUGCCCCCAUCUGUGGGCCCAGGGCACCUCGUAAAUAAACUUGUAGGGGUGGAUGCAGACAGUGGGCACAAUGCAUGGUUGUUCUACUCCAUCGUCCCUGGACCAAAUGCUGGCAUGUUCCGUAUUGGGGCCCACACUGGUGAGCUCCGUACAGCCCGCAAAUGGGCCGAGGAGGAAGGGGGCUCGACUUAUGACAUCAUGGUCAUCAUUCAGGACAAUGGUGACCCACCGAAGUCCAGUUCUGUGAACAUUACAAUAACUGUCGAUGAGAAAGGCACAAUUAAUGAUGCUCCGGCAAGCCCUCGCCACACACCUUUCUACCAUCGCACUGGGAUGUCGGACAUCACUUUGUACCUCAUCAUCGCUCUAGCCAGUGUAUCAGCUGUAUCCUUUAUCACUUUUGUCAUCCUCAUGGUACGUUGCCUAAGGCACCGUGACCCAGGGCUCGGAGACUCUGACUGCUGCUGCUGCUACGGUCAUCACAGGUCCAGCCGCUACCAUCAGAGGCCGAGCAAGGACCUGCACCUGCAGCUCAAUACUGAUGGGCCCAUACGAUAUAUGGAGGUUGUGGGUGGUUCCCAGGACCCCAACACACGUACCUACAGGCCCUGUUACUCCACCAUAUCCAGCCGGAAUGACUUUGUAUUUAUGAAGACACCCAUGCUGAGUCACAACAACACGCUCAACAUGACACUCAGCAGGAAGCACCUUAUGAACUCAGCCAGUGAGCAAAAGCCCCCCAACAAUGACUGGCGCUUCACACAGGGACCGAGACCUGGACCUAGUGGUCCCCACAUGCCAUACGGUACACACAUACGAUGGACGCCGAAGAGUGGGACAAGUGCAACUGGAGGACCUGAGGUUGCCAUGGGAACUGGCCCAUGGCCCCAACCCCCAACUGAGGCUGAGCAGCUUCAGGCCCUGAUGGCUGCAGCUAACGAAGUAAGUGAGGCUACGGCCACACUGGGACCCGGCACCAUGGGCCUGAGCACCCGCUACAGCCCCCAGUUCACCCUGCAGCACGUGCCCGAUUAUCGCCAGAACGUCUACAUCCCCGGUAGCACGGCCACACUAACCUCCAACCCCCAGCAGCAGCAGGCCACAGCCCAGCAGGCGGCCCAGCAGGCGCUGCCCCCGCCCCAGGUCAUGGCCCAGCCCGAGCCUCCCAAGGCCGCUCAGACCCCUGCCUCCAAGAAGAAGUCCACCAAGAAGGAGAAGAAGUAGAGUUGGAGGUGGAGGAAUGAUGAACCCGGCCUGAUCUGAUGAGAAAUGCAACCCCCCAUAUCCCCCCAUAAGGUAUCUAAUGCUCUGCUGUCAAUCAUGUUAGCCACGGUUUAAAUAAUGACAGCAAAUCACUUUUGACUACAUGGACGUUGGAUAGAUGUUGAUGGUUCUUUGAAAGUGUCUUGAAUGUGCUGAAGGCGGUUGUUGGUGUUGAUAACCCGUGCUGUGCUAAUAUUUUAGAAUUGCUCACAUAAUCUUUGUUGGUAGAUCAUUUUGGCAGGUUAUGGGGGGUUAUUGUGAUGAUUUCUUUUUCUUUUGGCAAAAUCCAAUGAACUUGGACAAAGAGAUUCAGUGUAAGGAACCUUGCUGGGAUGACAAGGCUGUACGGAGUGAUGUAUUCAGAGAUGAAAUGUUAAUGUCUUUCACGUUGGAUUUAUUGUGCUCUUUCCCUGAGAUGGAAAGUCAGCUAUUGUAAAGUUCGCUAAUUACCAUCCAUUAGAUUCCUAUAUAGGGUCGGCAUAUAAGUCCUGUCAAUAUACGGCUGUUGUUUGACAGGUAUUACAAACUCUUCUGCAUGCUCUUUAAGGUUCAAACCACAUAUACUAGUUUAUAGUUGCAAACUAUGCAUUGCAAAAGCAAAGAGGAGGACAUUCUGAAUUCGUUAUCCUCCAUCCAAUCGCAGGUCAAUAUGAUGCACAUGUAGCAUUUACUUGACACAAAAUUAAAAUGACUUUUUCAAGCAUAGUAAAAUAGUAGUAAAAAUUAAUCUCAAGAGAUUUUUAGGAUCUGAGCAUGCAUCCAGAGGAAGGUGCUGGCAGAGGGUGGGUGGCAUGAUUUUGUGUCAUUGGGUCACGAGCCAUGCUGACCAUGCAGGUGGUAUAGCAGCAGAGACUUGUGUACGACCUCCAGAUGGGCACAGACAUUUCCUGCUGCCUUGCAUCCUCUACCCUCUGCUCCUCCUCACACCCAGCUUGUGUCCUCUCCUCACUUACUACCCCAAGUUGAGAGCCAAACAAAGAGAAAUGCACUGUUCGUAUUUUGAAGAUCAGAUAAUUAAGGGGUAGUAAUCACUUUGGUCUUUGGGGAAACGCAUAUAAAUUUGAGUGCUUAGGACUAUCUAGAAACUUUACAGGCCUUUAGGGUCUCGACUGAGUAUUACCCCUCACUAUUCUGAAGUGUUGAAGAACUUCUUGAUGUGACACAGUAACAUGUUUUUUUUUCUUUGGGAGAUAAUGAUUCAAUAGUAUAGAAGAAUUGUUUGUAUAAGAUAUGAAGUCUUUACUUUGCCGUCCAUCUGUCCUUCAGGCCUCUGGCCAGAUACAACUGCAUGAGAAAAAGCAGGCUGGGUCAGGGAGAGUGGAAGGGGUGUGGUGAGGGGUUCACAGACUGAGGUGGCACCAUAACAUCAACCAGAGGGGUGAUAAACAACAUUGGCUCUACCCACUGAAUGUACAGAGGAACCACUGUUGAUCUGUCCACUCCGUAAACUUUCUCUAAUGCACUGACCCCGGUAGAGGUCAACAGAGCCAAGCACAGCUGUCCCUGUUGGUGAUGAGAUACCACUCGAGAGCUCUUUGAAUUGUCCCUCCUCUAUUGCCAUCAUGAGAAACCUUAGCCUCUCUUCCACUCACCUCUCCGCUCCACUCCCUGGUCCUUUUGAGGCUCUUCUCCACUGUAAAUAAACACACAGUCCUGUCGAUGGUAUGAGCCAGUUGUUUGUAUAGUAGGGAUUAAGUCCAACAGUUUCAAAAUAAAAGUCCCUCCAACAAGGCGUGGCUUACUACUGGAAUGUGUUGCAUUUUGUUUUUCAAGAAAAAUAAGAAAACCACAGUUAAAAAAAAAAAAAAAAA